AUGCGCCUCUAUGCUAUAGCUGACCUGCAUCUGAGCUACCCAGCCAACCGCAAUCUCUGGUCCGAACUCGACCUCCACCUUGACGACGGCCUGAUUCUGUGUGGCGACCUGGGCGAGAAAGCCGAGCACCUCGAGCUUGCCUUCUCUACCGCCACCAGGUGCUUCAAGAAGGUCUUCUGGUGCCCUGGAAACCACGAGCUGUAUUCCAUCCCUGGCCCUUCCGAACCUCAGCCUAGAGGCGAGGAAAAGUACAAUCAGUGCCUCUCCAUUGCGCGCCGAUAUGGCGUCUACACCCCCGAGGACGAUUUCUUCCUCUGGGAAGGGGAAGGAGGACCUGCACUGAUCGCACCCAUCUUCACCUUGUACGACUAUUCCUUUAGGCCAGAUCAUCUCACCACCAAGGAGGACGCGCUGAAGUGGGCCGAGGAGGCCGACAUCGUCGCCACAGACGAGUUCCUGCUGUUCCCUGACCCGUAUCCUUCUCGCGAGGCCUGGUGUAAUGUCCUCGUCGAAAAGACACAGAAGAGGCUCGAGGAAGCAGCAUCUCAGGGCGUUCCGCUCAUCAUCCUCAACCACUGGCCGUUGCGGGAGGAUCUUGUCCACAUUCCCCGGGUGCCAAGAUUCAGCUUGUGGUGCGGCACUCGGAAGACCGAGGACUGGCACAAGCGGUUCAAUGCCAAGGUUGUGGUGUCUGGCCACCUUCAUGUGAGGAGGACGGACUGGAAGGAUGGCGUCCGGUUCGAGGAAUGCAGCCUGGGCUACCCAAGGCAGUGGGAUGAGGUCGUCAACGCCGGCAAGGACAUCAACACAUUCCUACGGGAGAUCCUUCCCGGGCCUGCAAAACCUGAGUCUGGUGAGGCGCCGACUCGAUGGCGGCGAUGGGGCUAG